AUGACUACAGAGCUGCAGCUCACCACCAAACAGAUAUCUGUGUUCUCUGAGGAGUACAAACAGCGCCGGAAACAACAAAUGAUGCGGUUUUUCGGCGCUACCGUAUUCACGCUAAUUUCUGCUCGUCUUGCGUUCAGAGGAGUUCAAUCUCGCAAAUAUGUACCCCACAUGUUCCAGCUCAAUAAUAAACCACCGCUGUACUCAUUCCAAGGCGAAGCCGUUAGUGCUCUUGCUUUUGGAACUGGGCUUUCUACGGGCUCGUUUGGAAUGCUGGUGUUUGGAUCGUGUUGGUUGGCUGAUAUUUCAUCGCUAGCCGAAUUCACGAUCAAAGUGAGAAAACUGAUGGGUGAUCCUUCUUCUGCCUAUGACAUGGCAGACCAGCCGAUCGAUCCAGAAACUCAAAAAGUUGCAAAGGCUCUUGAGGAUCUGCUCGAAAGCGCAAAACGCUAG